CCCCCGACAAUAGCGCCAGGGGUAGGGAGCUGCGCGGGCCCGGAAACUUUUCCCUCUCGUCUCCGCCGCCGCCGGCGCUCGGGACGGGAACUGGACACGCCCAUCGCUAGCCCGCGGUCGGUGCGCUUGGCCUGGGGCCGCCACGGCGGAGCCGAACCAAAGAAGGGGGCGUGGGGUGGCAGCGCCGGGAACUGCGGGCAGCCGGGGAGGCUGCGCGCGGGUUCCUGGCCACGCGAAGGCGCGGGCACUGGGCGGGGUGGAGCCGAGCCAGCCAUGGGGGAGGCGCCCAGCCCCGCGCCCGCGCUCUGGGACUGGGACUACCUGGACCGCUGCUUCGCCCGCCACCGUGUCUGCAUCUCCUUCGGCCUGUGGAUCUGCUCCUCCUCCUGCUGGAUCGCCGCCCACGCGCUGCUUCUCUAUCUGAGAUGUGGGAGGAAACCCGGCCAGGACCAGUCGGCUCUGUGUGCUGCGUGCUGCCUCCUGACCAGCCUGUGUGACACCAUAGGUGCGAUUCUGGCCAAACAGCUCACAAUCCAGGUCUUCACAGGAGCCUACCUGGCAGCUAUUGACCUGGUGAAUUUUGUGUCCAUUCUCUUCCCAGUCUGCGGCUCUGGAUUCAAGUCUAAUUCAGGUGGGGGCUCCCGGGAGAGGAAGAGGAGGCAGCGGCUCAGGGCCAGUGUGUUUGCCUUGGUCCUGCCGCUGAGCCUGGGCCCAGGCUGGGCUGUGUGGGCCGUGGUCCCGAAGGCUUCAGGCCCCAUCCCCGGGCCGCAGCGGAGGCUGCUGGGAAGCCUGAUACAGGACAACACUGAAAUCCUCGGCUACCUGCUGGGCAUCAUUGCAGCCUUCGGCUCCUGGGCUUCCCGGAUGCCUGCACUCUCCAGAAUCUGCCGGGGUAAGACAUUUCCCUCCAUCCACCUGUGGACCCGGCUCCUGUCGGCGCUGGCUGGCCUCCUCUACGCCUCGGCCAUCGUGGCCCAUGACCGGCAGCCUGAGUACCUGCUGCGGGCCACGCCCUGGUUCCUGACCUCCCUGGGCCGUGCGGCGCUGGACCUCGCUAUCAUUUUCCUUUCCUGGGUGAUGAAGAGCAAGAUGAGGCAGGCCUUGGGAUUUGCCUCUGAAACCAGAGAGAGCCCUGACACCCAAGCCCUUUUGACCUGUGCAGAGAAGGAGGAAGAAAACCAGGAGAAUUCAGAUUGGGUACCUCUCACCACCCUACCGCACUGCAAACCACUCAAGAAGAUGGCAGCCAUCAGUCGCUACAUGGAGCUGACCAUUGAGCCAGUGCAGCAGGCAAGCUGCAGCGCCACCAGGCUGCCGGGUGAUGGACAGACGAGCGCGGGAGCCGCGACCCUGCAGGAGCCCCCCUCGUUCCCUCCGGUUCAGGUCAUCCGGGCCCGCGUGUCCUCCAGCAGCUCCUCCCAGGUCUCCUCCAUCAACUCCGACCUCGAGCAGAAGUAUUGGGAAGCCCUAAACUCGGAGCAGUGGGACCCUGAAGAUGUGAACCCUGGAGGGAACAAAGACAACACGGAGAUACCCAGAUCCCAGGUGCACAGCUGGUCUGUGAAGCCCGUGGACUUGACCUCUGAUGAGUAACCCUUUCUGGAGCCAGCUCAGCAUCUCAGAGCCCACGGUCAAGCAUUCGUCAGGAACUGAGCAAGGAUCAACCUGCAGUGACAGCCAUGGCAGGAAUAUAAGCUUCUGCCAAGGCUGCCCAUGCAAGUGAGGAACCACGAGCUGUCACGGAGCUUGGCUGAUCUGUACCAUGGCUCAGAAUAAAGCUAAGACCUGGGGCCCUAUGGACAGACCUGGACAUGCCCAGAGUUUGUUUUGAAGAUUAGAAGUUCACAAACCACUCUGCCUUUGAAAUAUAAUCUAAAGGACUUUGGACCCUCUUUUCCUGUUCCCUUUGACUCAACCGUAUUCUGAAUAUCUGCUUGGAAUGAGCCAUCUGAAAAAAACAGAGAGUAUGUUUGGAUCUCAGCAAAGCACUAUUCCGCAAGACCUGGCAAAGCCCAGAGAAGGGUGGGCCCACCUUCUGGAGGUCUAGUACACCAAUCACAGGUACUGAUGGGACCUGGCUCCUGCCCUCCAGUCACCCACUUGAGGUUUCUGCUGGAAGUUCAGAGAGAACACUUUGAUCGAUCAAGUGUUUGCAAGAUCACUGGUGUUGUAAUGGCAAGCAAAGCAGAUUGCUAUAGGUAUCAGACCUUGCUCCAGCCUGGCAAGGGGUGUGCUGGGUCAGGAUUUGCCGGUGAAGUGGACUGUCUGCUUUGGGAGGUAACUGAAAGCAGGCAAAGGGUAAGAGGCAUGCGGGGAGAUGUUCAAUUCAAGCACUGAAAUCCCCUUUCAGGAUUAUUUUGGAGCGAGGUGGGAGGAACACUGGAAUGCAUAAAUCCUGAUUGAUCAAACUGAGGCAUCUCAACCGUGGAGCACAGAGAUAUGUCUGUGCCACAGAAGUCGAUGACAAGGGGAUCUGGGAAGAAGGCCAAGAACGUGCAGCUGUGCUCCAGGCUGGCCUCUGGCAGCCUGUAUGACUCAGCUGCAGCUGCCCAGCUGCUCCUAAGGGGUAGUGUAAGUGCCAGCAUGAAAGAGAGGGUGCCUCAGGGAAGUAGGUUGGUUCCACAGGUCUCUGAAGAUUCCAAUCCCCUGUGGGACCUCUGACCUAGAAGUGAACCUAAAGCCAUCCUAUUCAUCCAACUGCUUUGGACCCUGGUUAUUUUGUAAAGGAAUUUGCUAAAUUC